AUGAAGAGCUUGGCUCCCCCAGGAUCGCUGCUCGUUCCCAGCGCGGCAAGGCCGGGCCGGUGGCUGUGCCGGGGCAGAGGGGACCGCGGCCGCCGUUCUCCGCGGCUCCUGCCGAGGCCCUUCCCCGGCUGCUCCGGCGCUGCCGCGCACCGGCUGCUGCCUGGCCGGGAGCAGACAAAGGAGGAGAAACUCCCCCCCUGCACCGUGGCGUGGGAGCACGGGGCCGCGCUGGCUGCUGCCUGUCGCCGCUGCCCGCGGCCGCACAAGGCUGCACUGUUGGGAGAAGAACAAAACCUUUGUCCUGCUCCAUCAAGGAAGCUGAGUCAGAACAGCAGCUUAGCAAAGGAUCUGAAGAGGUUUCGGAAACAGUUAGAAAGGGAAGCGGGAAAGCCUGAGGCAAGAAAAUGUGCCUUUAUUCUGAAGACCCUCAAAAUGCCUUCAGAGUGCUAUUUGUUUGUGGAAGAAUUUUGCAAGAACCUUGGCAUCACUUGGGUUAUGAAACUGUGGAACAUGUUUUCCAAGCAAGACUGAAAGGAUGCUGCCUCCUCCUGCUCCUCCCUACACAUCCUUAGAGAUUCCUGACGUGCCUCAGAUGUACAGCUUGGCUUUGUUUGAAUGCCAUGGGCGUGCACAACUCCUCUUCUGUGCUUCAGGCAUGUGGAGGAUUCCCAAUCCCUCCUACUCCUGUUCCCAACGUGACAAAGGAGCAGCUCUGAAGCCAGAAGCGUUCACAUAAGCCCCCAACAAGGAACAUACACAUGGAGUCAGGAAAUGUCCCACUGCUCUGAUUUUAAUGAUCCCACCUCCACCCCAGCCGUGGGCCUUUGCCCAGUGCUGCAUUCAGCACGGCUCUGCCACCCGAGUUCCAGCAAGGAAAAGGGGUUUGUGAUCCAAACAAACUGCAGUGUUGUAGCUGAGCAGCCAAAUGAUUCCCAGGGCCCUCACCUACGUGGGCUCUGGACACAGCAGUGCCCUGCAAAUCCCGAGGACUGUGGCUAUGGAAACAUGAACCCACAGUGACA